GUCCGGCACAUUCGGAAGAGUACCACACUAAAACCGAAAUAGUGAUUAAGAGUGAUUAAGAGAGUAGUAUAUUCCUUGGUGAUUACUGAUUACUGAUUACAUACUCUUUUCUUUGCCAUCUACCAGCUGAUUAAAUGCUGAUCCUGAUUCCUGACUCCAAGCAUAAUCCCGUCCAAGUGUAUUCUUUGAUCCCGUCUGAUCAUCGACCAGAAAAAAACGCCGCAGAGUGCUGAUUCAUAAUAUUAAGAUGGUGUGGUGUGAAAAUUCCAAUUAUCUGAUUUUGGAAAAGUUGUAUUAAUCAUAUAAAUCAAAAAUUGCGAGUGCACAACUUGCUUUUGAAAUGUGAAAAUAAUGAUGCAUAUUUCUGUAAUAAUUCCAGUAUUUAACGGUGAAAAAUGGAUAAAUAAUUGCAUGAAAUCAAUUGCAAAUCAAACUAUUUUUGACACUGAAUUAAAAGUGGAAAUUGUUGUUUAUAAUGAUGGAAGUACCGACCUAUCUAAUCAAAUUCUUGAUGAUUGGUCCCAAUAUUUUCUUAUGCGUAAUAUACUAUUUAAACUCAUUGGAUCAGCAAAAUCUAAAGGGGUAGGGGCAGCCAAAAAUGCAGCAGUAUAUGCUAGCUCCGGCCAGUACCUUUGUUUUCAAGAUAUUGAUGAUGUAAUGCAUAGUGAUAGAAUCUUAUUGCAGUGGGAAGUAGCAAGACUGGAUCACAGCUGUUUAAUAGGAUGUAGAAUAAAUCGAGAUCCUCCUAAUUCAACACCUCGCUUUGUCAAAUGGGCUAAUAACAUACAACAAUCACAAAUGAAGGUACAGAUUUACCUAUCAUAUGGGCCUACUAUUUUAAUGCCUACAUGGUUUUGCCACCGUUCUGUAUUUGACAAAGUUGGAGGUUUUGAUGAGACUGGCUUUGGUACUCCUGAAGAUCUUUUAUUUUUUUAUGAUCAUGUUGAUGGGGGUGGUGAUUUAUAUAGAGUUGACAAAGAACUUCUGAUUUAUACUUAUCAUGAAGAUGCUACUACAUUUUCAAUAAUGAGAAAUAAAAUUCAGCAAAUUCAAGUUAAGAGACUUGAAAUGAGUGUGAUACCACAAUGGGAACAUUUCACUGUUUGGAAUGCAGGCAAAGCAGGUAGAAAAUUUGUACGUAUGCUUAAUCCAGAUAAUGUUAAUAAAAUUAAAGCAUUCUGUGAUGUUGAUAAAAAAAAAAUAGGUCGUACAAUUGAACUAUAUUGCCCAGUGAAAAGAAAAGUAAUUGUGAAAUUACCAGUUAUUCAUUUUAAACAUGCUAAACCCCCCAUGGUUAUAUGUGUAAAAUUAGAUCUGACAAAAGGAGUUUUUGAGAAAAAUCUCAACUCGUUAAAUCUCAUUGAAGGAACUGAUUAUAUUAUAUUUAGUUAAUUUUUUAACUGACAUGGAGAAACUAUUUAUUUAUUAUUCUUAAAUGAAUUCGUAAAUUAAGAUAGGUCUUAACUCUUAGAAAAGCUAUUAUAUAGGUAGGUACCUACCUAAGUAAGUAUGUAUAUUGUAAUAUUUACAAAAUAAACCUAUUCAU